GGCUGUGCCCCAUGCACAGUCCAAGUUAGAUUUAAAUUGAAACCGCUCGUGCUCUGUUCGUCGCUCCCGCUUGCCGCUGCAGAAUAAUACUUAUAAAUCCAAAUAUUUUUUUUUUAUCCACCUAUAUUUCUGUGUACCUGUUUGUGUGUGUGCGUAGGCGUUACGGUUGUCCGUGUGUUACUGCUCACUGCCCCCGCAAUUAAAGUAAAUUCCCACCUGCCCCUUUGUGGAAGCAAGGAAGACCAACAAGUGCUCACACUCAUGCGCCCAAGUGCAUCAGUGUGCCACUUGCAUUGCCCGGAGAGUACGUUCAACCAAUUGAAAGUGAAUUGAAAGCGACAAGUGAAAAUAGAUCUGACUAGAGGCGGCAGCAACAGCAGCAGCAGCAGCGGUAGAACAGUAAAGUGACAGCAACAGCGACAGCGACGGGGACACAAAGUAGAAUUUAGCAGUUUUUUUUGCACUAAAAUAACAAACAGCUGUCUGCGCGACAGCGUGUAAGCGACAGAGUGUGUGUGCGUGCGUGUUGUUGUUGUUUAGAAGCGUAACAGGUCCGCCUGCGUGGGAGAGCCAACAGAGAGCGAGAGAGGAGAGAAUAGCUGACUCGUGUGCACAGCUGCAUCUCUGUACACAGCAUCAGAAUGACCGACCUAAACGAAUUGCUGGGAUCGCCAUUUGUGCGCGUCAAGUUGGUAGCGUUUGUGCAUUUCUUCUUCAUAUCGAAUGCCAUGCUGGGCAGCUGGGGGCAUGGAGCCUAUGAGUUCUACAAUUUUCUGUUCAUCAUUUCCAUGUUCUGGUCGAUCCACAGCAAGGACUCAAUUGAAGCAGUGCAAACGGCGCUCGUCAUCGAUGCUUCUAGCAUAUUCUUUGAUCUAGUCAGCAUUAUCAUUUAUUUCCAUUACAUGAAUGGCUGGGCCAUUGCCUUUAGCAUUAUUAACCUGAUCCUGCGACCCGUGAGCGUGGCCCUGCUCUAUCGCGAGUUCAAUACGCGCGGCGGCAGCCUGCAGACGGGCUCGGUCUUUCCCACCAGCCAGCAGCGCAGCUAUCAGGACAUCGAUCGUCCCACGCAGCCAACACCGACCAACGCGCAGCCGGGCCCCAAUGUGGCCAGCAUUUUCUAGGCACCAGAUCUGACCAGAACACAGAACAACAGCUGCAGCUGGAUCCUCUGGGUCGGUUUUGUUCUGUUUAUAUAUUUUAUUUCUAUUUUAUUUCUAUUUUUUUUUUGGACGAAUAAAGACAACUAAUCAGAAA